AUGAAAAAUGCUUUACAGUUUGGGAUAAAUCUGAGUAGCGCUAACUUAGAGGGCAAAUAUGUGUUGAGUAUUGUCAUCAGAGGCACAAUCAAACACAUCGUGAUCCAGAAGAAUGAGAACGGAUAUUGUCUGCACAGCGGUGUACCGCAUCCCACUCUCUUCAGUUUGAUUAUGUUUUACGCCCAACCCUUUGACCACCAAAUGGACGUAACAUUCUUUAAUAAUCUAACCAAUAGAAGAGUCGGGUAUUUGUUCGGUCUCUUCGUAAUCUUCAUUGGAAGAAGUGUUCGGAUUGUGAUCAUUGGCCUCAAUCGCCUCAAUCGCCUCAUUGGUCUCAUUGUUAUCUUCGAUCACCUCUACCUCUAUCUCUCCCGUGAGACCCGAAUCUUCGGCUUCGUUUUGGUCAAUGUCUUCAUUUCUGUGUUCAAUCGCUUCCAUUCUUUGAGCCCUAUUUCCACGAUUCGGUUGUUCAGCGAUAUUACGAAAGCGAAGAAAGAGAUGAAAUACAAGAAGGAGGCUAUGGUUGAGGAGCCGACCACAAAACUCUACAGUCGGCGGAUAGAUCUGGACAUCUCUGGCCUCAAACUCAAUGAUGGCCUCAUGUAUUGGUCCCGCUUUGGGAUAACUGCCUUCCGUGUAAUCGUCAAUGAGGUCGACAGUGAUUUGUUGAUUCUCUUCGGCCAAACCCAACACAAAGAGAGGCCAAUACAAGAGCGUAACGAUCACUCGGAGUGGUGUACUCUUAUAGCGAAGACCCGUGGGUUUGGCCACAUUUGCGAUCACCCGUUGCUUUUGAUCGACGAGUUUGAGUCUAACCAUGAAGAGUCCCUGAGACCAGUUCACCUCCGACUCCGGCAAAUGCAGAUCAAUACUGAAGCCAUACAUCUGACCCCUCAUGAAGUCUGUGGAUCGGCUCUGUUUGAGGGCCACUCUAGCGGUCGGAACGUUGCAGAUGUUGUCGCGAAGACUUCGGUCACACGUCGAGUGGUAUUGAAUGAACACAUCUCUUGUNCUGAAGCCAUACAUCUGACCCCUCAUGAAGUCUGUGGAUCGGCUCUGUUUGAGGGCCACUCUAGCGGUCGGAACGUUGCAGAUGUUGUCGCGAAGACUUCGGUCACACGUCGAGUGGUAUUGAAUGAACACAUCUCUUGUCGUCGACACCACAGGAAUCUCCAGAUGAUGGCCAACGAACUGAUCCAGAAUUGGAUUAAUACCACAGUAAUCUUGAAUCCGAUUUUGAAGACAUUGUUUUGUCUGAAAGUGUCCAAAGUGUUGGACAUUUGGUUCAAAUCGCGAAGGUUACCUAAACAUAGGUACAGAAGUAGCUAA